CACAUCAUGUGUUACUACAAACUAUUCGUUUUCCAAGGAUGUGGCCAUUCACUCCCAUCGGCGCAACCGGUGCGCCCUUGCGCAAUGGCUUCAGCUACCGAUCGACAAAAUUUCGAAGAAAGGAGGCAGGCUGCCGAGGGGAGAACUAUGAAGAGGAGACCACAGGGUCUGGUGACUGAUAGAAAAGUCACUUCCGCCGUCUGCACACCCGCCCAACACCCAGACACAGCCGCCGAACAUUCCUCCGCCACUUCUCCGCCUCCUUCGAUACAGACGCAGCCGCCAACGGAAGAUCGGCAACUUGGGAAUGAAGGUGACAUUCCGGGAACAUCGUCAACAACACCGACUUCCGAGAUGCCGGUCACUGAAUCCUCUAAAGGCACGUGUACCACAGUCCUCACACACCCGUUCCAAACCACUAGACUCCACCGCUCGUGUCUUCUGUGCACGCGAAACCGCGAAGAACUCCUGGCCCAGUCGGAACUUGCUCAGCAAAAGGUCCGCAUCGAUGAUUGGCGCUGGAAGGUUAAGUAUUUAAGUCCGGUACCGGAAGAAGCUCGCCACACUGUACGUAUACCCAGACUCGCGGCCUGUAUUGAAAUAGCGCUUCAAGCAACGCUCCAGCAAUUCACUGGGCUAUUGAACACAUUCCAGCUUGAACUGUUACUGACUCGGUACUCGUGA